AUUCUCUUGCGUAACUUAUCAACUGAAGACUCCGAUCUUAUUUCUACUGAAACAGAUAGGAUUCUUGCAUCUAUCGGAUAUGUUGAUGGAGUAAAGACGUCACUAAAUUUAUCCCCAGAUAUUCAGUAUAUCACUCAAAGCAUUAUUGAACUAACCCAGCUUCCAGAAGAAUGUGAGCGAAGUCGCAGGUUCCGACAAGAUUUCCGUUCUGAGUGCCUUUUUACCAUUGAUCCAAAGACAUCUCGUGACCUCGAUGAUGCCUUGCAUAUCCGGUGCCUAAGUGCCAAAGAAUCCACUUUACUGGCGAACAAGGGCUAUUUAGAUGCUUCCUAUGAGGUUAGGUAUUUAGUUUUUCAUCUAAUACUAUAG